GCGCGUGAGUGUGUGUGUUAAUCCCACUCUGCCGUGGUCAGGUGAUCCGGCGCUGAGCAGCUGUACAGCCUCGGUAUCGCUCACCAUCAGACAACGGGAGACACCGGCGCUGAGCACACUCGUUUUCUCGCCUGACGCAAAGCUUUAGAAAACGGUGCGGUGUAACGCUAGCCUGUAGGAGCGUUGUUUUAGCGAAAAGGCAUGGGGGACCGAGUAGCUUUACUGCUGCUGGUUGUAGCGGCUUCGGCUCUGGCUGUCGAGGUGCCUACAGAUGUUUCGAUGGGCCUGUUGGCAGAGCCCCAGGUGGCCAUGUUUUGUGGUAAACUCAACAUGCACAUCAACGUCCAGAGUGGCAAGUGGGAGCCGGACCCCUCGGGCACAAAGAGCUGCAUCGGUACCAAGGAGGGCAUCCUGCAAUACUGCCAGGAGGUUUACCCUGAACUCCAGAUUACCAACGUGGUGGAGGCCAAUCAACCAGUCAGCAUCCAGAACUGGUGCAAGAAGGAGCGCAAGCAGUGUCGCAGUCACAUGCACAUCGUGGUGCCCUACCGCUGCCUAGUGGGAGAAUUUGUGAGCGACGCUCUGCUUGUUCCUGAUAAGUGCAAGUUCCUGCACCAGGAGCGCAUGGAUCAGUGUGAGAGCCACCUGCACUGGCACACUGUAGCCAAAGAGUCCUGCGGAGACCGCACCAUGAACCUCCACGACUAUGGGAUGCUGCUGCCGUGCGGCAUCGACCGCUUCCGUGGAGUGGAGUUCGUGUGCUGCCCCGCUGAGGCGGAGCGUGACGCCGAUAGUGCUGAGCAGGAUCCUGAUGAUUCUGAUGUCUGGUGGGGCGGAGCGGAGACCGACUACUCUGACAACAGUAUGGUGCGUGAGCCAGAGCCAGUGGAGCAGCAAGAGGAAACAAAGCCAUCUGUGGUAGACGAGGAUGAGGACGAGGAGGAAGAGGUGGCAGAGGAAGAGGAAGAAGAGGAAGAGGAUGAAGAAGAGGACGUGCUGGACAAUGACCAGGACGGAGACGGAGAGGAAGACGAGGAGCUGGUGGACGACGAGGACGAGGAGGAAGACGACGACAAUGACGACGACAUCCUCGACUCGCUCAUCGACGGCGAGCCGACUACCAACGUUGCCAUGACGACAACCACCACCACCACCACCGAGUCCGUGGAGGAAGUUGUCAGGGAUGUGUGCUGGGCCAGUGCAGAGACAGGUCCAUGCCGGGCGAUGCUGCCCCGCUGGUACUUUGACCGCGAGGAGGGCCGCUGUGUUCAGUUUAUCUACGGCGGCUGUGGAGGCAACAGGAAUAACUUUGAGUCAGAGGCGUACUGCCUGUCUGUCUGCAGCAGCGUCAUUCCCACAGCAACGCCCAGCUCCUCCGAUGCAGUGGACCACUACCUGGAGACGCCCGCUGACGAGAAUGAACAUGCACACUUCCAGAAGGCCAAAGAGAGUCUGGAGGCCAAGCACCGUGAGAGAAUGUCCCAGGUGAUGAAGGAGUGGGAAGAGGCCGAGCGGGAAGCCAAGACUCUUCCACGUGCUGAAAAGAAGGCCGUGAUUCAGCGUUUCCAAGAGAAGGUAGAAGCACUGGAGCAAGAGGCAGCCAGCGAGCGCCAGCAGCUGGUGGAGACUCACAUGGCCCGGGUGGAGGCUCUGCUGAACGACCGCCGCCGCCUGGCUCUGGAGAGCUACCUGACUGCAUUGCAGCAGGAUCCACCCCGGCCCCGUCAUGUUUUCAGCCUGCUGAAGAAGUACGUGCGUGCUGAGCAGAAGGACAGGCAACACACCCUCAAACACUUCGAGCAUGUCCGCAUGGUGGAUCCCAAGAAGGCCGCCCAGAUUAGACCUCAGGUGCUGACCCACCUGCGCGUUAUUGAGGAGCGCAUGAACCAAUCUCUCGGACUCCUCUACAAAGUGCCCGGCGUGGCUGACGAUAUCCAGGACCAAGUCGAGCUCCUGCAGAGGGAGCAGGCAGAGAUGGCUCAGCAGCUGGCUAACCUGCAGACGGACGUGAGGGUGAGCUAUGGAAAUGACGCCCUGAUGCCCGACCAGGAGCUGGGAGAUGUCCAGACUGACCUGUUGCCGCAGGAAGACACUCUGGGACUGGCUGGAGUCGGCUUCAUCCACCCUGAGAGCUUCAACCAGCCCAAUACCGACAACCAGGUUGAGCCAGUAGACUCCCGCCCCAAUCUCGACAGAGGCAUUCCAACACGACCAGUGACUGGAAUGAAGAUGGAAGCUAUUCCUGAGAUGCGGAUGGAGACGGAGGACAGACAGAGCACCGAGUACGAAGUUCGCCACCAGAAACUGGUCUUCUUCGCAGAGGAUGUGGGCUCCAACAAGGGCGCCAUCAUCGGCCUGAUGGUCGGAGGCGUCGUCAUAGCAACCGUGAUCGUCAUCACCCUGGUGAUGCUGAGAAAGAAGCAGUACACCUCCAUCCACCACGGAGUCAUCGAGGUGGAUGCUGCCGUCACCCCUGAGGAGCGCCACCUGUCAAAGAUGCAGCAGAACGGUUACGAGAACCCAACCUACAAGUUCUUCGAGCAGAUGCAGAACUGAGGAGGAUGUCACAUGUACACAUACAUAAAUACACACAAAAAAACCAACAAAUGCACACAAACCAUUCUCAUCCCACACAUCGUCACCUCCCCUCCCCUUACCUUCCCUCCUCUUCCCUUCCCCAGCCCUCCCUUCAACCAAAAGACGGAUCUUUAAGUGACUGAAAUAGUCAGUUACGAGCACAAGGAGCGACUGUAGCCAGGGUUUUUCUUUUUUUCUUUUUUUUUCUAACACUGCGGCCAAGCCACUCUGCACCAAGUUUGUUCACUUUACUGGAGCAAGACGCCUUUUUAAUUAAAGGAAGGAGUUUUUAUACGUUGCUCCGUCAGGGCCUGCUGAUGUUUGGAGGGGAAAGAAAAACCUUAAAACAAGCAAAGCCCCUGCCCGGUGCAUGGAAACAAACCCGUUCUCUUGGGGAAGACGAGCACGCGCUCGCUCUCUCUCAACACUGAUUCAGGGCCAGUGUGUAGUUGGGUUUAUUAUGUUUAUUUUUAGGCUCGGGUCGCUUCUAGGCGUGGACUUUGUGUAAGCAGAUCCGACCGCUGAUCAGUAGGGUGUUUAGACGCAUGCUGGCCUCGGCCUCCGUUAUUAAAAUAAUUAAUUUAAAAAAUUGUUGCAUGCAGAAUCAUCAGAAUCGAGCAGUUUCCUCUGAAUCGUUUUCGCUUUUGCGUCUUUAUAAUGAUUAUAUGAUUUUGGAAAUAUAGCAGCGCCAUGAUUUUUACGAGGCCCAGUGUUUUCCUCGCCUACUGCACCACUACUGCACACUCUCUACAGUCUACACUGGAGUAUAAAUGAGCCUCCUCUCCCUCCCUACUCCUUGGAUCCUUCCCUUCCUCCCUCCCUUCAUCCUCUCCCUUUAUUUUUUUUGUUUUGUUUUGUGCAUUCAUACAACAGCUGGGCUGUGUUAAGUCACACAAGGCUCUUAAGGAUAUCUGAAGAUGCUGAUUCUGAUGAUGAUGAUGGUGAAUAUGUUGAUGAUUAUGACGACAGUAGUAAUCAUGUAUUCUGAAUGAGCUGUUUUUAUUUUAGUUGGGGUUUUUUUUCUCUCUUUAUCGUUUUCCAGUUUUGUUUUUCAAAAAAGACCGAAAACGGAGGAAAAAAAAAGAUGUAAAGUCCUUUUUUUAAAUUACGUGUAAUGUUACAGAAGUAAUGCUGAAGUCUUAGCUGUUCCUAUGUAGUGCAUGACAACAAUGACAACAGGAUUUGGAAGUUUCAAGAAAAUAAAAGGGGGGGAAAAAAACAAAACAAAACACCACCACACGGAGAUCUUACAGCUGCUCUCUCUCGAGAUCAUUUCUCACUUAUAGAUUGUCAUUCUAGCAAGAUUGUACAUUUAGUAUGUUCUCGUGAUCACGUGACUUUAAAAACAAUGAUGAAAAAUAUAUAUAAAUCUAGAUGAACGGGCUCUGCUUUGAUAUCAUGUAAAGAAAAAAACACAUUUAAAAGAUAUGUUUUUGUUUUUUUGGGUUUUUUUUUCCUUCUUCUUCUUUUGCUGUUUAAGUGUGAUCUUCAUAUAUAUAUAUAUAUAUAUUUUUUAAUCCUGCUACUUUCCAGAAGCUGCAGGAGAGGGAGCCGGCUUCAUCUCUGUAUAUUAUUCUCGUUCACUUAAGUAUAUUGUGUUAAAUCCUUCGGAAAUCACUCCUCUUGGUUUCUUGAUCAUUUCAUGUUAGGUUUUUUUUUUUUUUUUAAAUAAGGGCAUCGUAUGUGAGUUAGUGUGUGUUGUUUGGGGAAGGUGGGGGCGGGGUGAAGGUGGGGAAAGACAAGUGAGGAGUCUGUUAUGGGGGUUAAGAUCAGCUCGGUGUGUACGUGUUUUUGUUUUUAGUCUGGUGGUUCAUCCAGUUGUAAGCCGACGCCGUCUCUUUUGUUUGGUUUGCUUAUUGGUUUUUUGUUUGGUUUUGUUUUUUCUUCUGCGGAUAGAACAGGUGGAGUUCUGAGAAGAGGAGGUGGUGGAGGUAGAGAGGAAAUGACUUGCAGUUCCAGAUGGAUAGCCAGCCAGCCAGCCAGGCAGUCUGUGUGUGUGUAUAUAUAAUGGAUUUUCACCCCCCCCCCACCCCGGCACCUCCCUCCUCUUUCGACUUCCUUUUCCUUCAGGCAUGCUGCUCACCUCUCUGCCAUCAUCUCACACUUGACUCCUGAAAGGCAGCGUGUAUAAUGAUGAUGAUGGGAUGGGCGUUCACCAUCAAGAGCUGACGGCGAAUCCGGGGGCUUGGGGUGGGGUCAAAGCAGCGAUCCAAUGUUGGUCAGAGGUAGGCAAGAAGCCCCUGUUCAGCGUCAUUAGGGUGGUCACCGUGUUAACACUGUGUGGAAGGAGACGCACCGUGGCCUCUCGCUGAGAUCCGUGAGGAAAUGGCGAGUAGAACAUGUAGAUAUGGGGGCUGCAGAGGGGUGAGUGUGUGUGCUUUUCGGAGGGUGCUCAUUAGAAGCCCAACAGAGGGCAGUAGAGUAGAAGAGGAAGCAGGAUUAUCUUUCUUUUGCUUUUUUUUUCCUGUGGGUUAUCUUAUUGGUUUUGUUUUCCACUGUGUAAUAUUGUGCAGGCCAUUUGCAUUGACUGGGAAAAUGCUUUCUACACUGUAUUCCAUAAUAAAGUUUUGAAUGUACAUAUAAA